AUGCACCACGGAAAUCCUAAGAUAUCUCGGGACAGAGACCCAGUUGAAUUGAGGGCUGCUGUCAGGGCAGAGGGAGUUAAAACGUGUAGCGCUCUUAGAAAACUGUACGCCGAACGUGGGACGUGCUAUGUCUUUGCUUUUACUAUCUUCAUCAUCUGCUCAGGGCCACAGCUCGCGCCCUCGCCGCUCCUCCGCUCCUGCCGCGCCCGCCGCGCCCCACGCCCGGUCGGACCCCUCCCGGAGGACCAGGAGUCUCGGGGACACCGGCCCGGCCCGCCGCCUGGGCCCCCAGCGCAGCCCGCAGUCGCCUCCACUCCGGGCCGCCGCCUGGGCCGCCCGGACCCCGGACGGCAACUCGCGGGUGACCCCAGCCCCCUGCCGCCGCCGCCGCCGCAGCGAGCGCCGCCACCCUCCACUCACCGCGGCGCUCCAUCCCGCGUUCCGGACGCGGACGCGCGCCCGACACUCACGGCCGCCGCCGCCGCCGCCGCCGCCGCCGCCGAGGGCUGGAGCUCGCCGUUCCCAUCCCCCACGGCCCGCGGACGCCCGGCCAAGCCGCCGCCGCCGCCCCUGCAGCUACAGCCACGACCACGCCAGCCCCGGCCGCCCCGCCCCCGGCCUCGCACCUCCCGCCCGGCCGCGGCCCGCCCCCUGGGGCCCAGCCCAUUGGCCCGCGCGCCCGGGGGGCGGGGACGGGCGCCUGCUGCAGGUGGGGCCGGCCACUGGCUCUCGCGCGCCCGGCGCAGGCUGUCAGCUUCGCCCCGGCCCGCGAACUGUCCCGAGCCUUGCAGGACGUGUUAGCCGCCCCGUGCGGCUUGCGGCAGGACAGGCGGAGGAACCUUAGGAACAGGUCACCUGAUGACUUCAUCUGGCAAAUCGGAAUUUCUUGGAUGAGCAAUCUACAUUUUUUAUGAGGAAACUCCCCUCCCUCAAACGGAACAAAGGGGCGAAACUAAUUGUCAACAAAGAAGAGAAAAGGAAAAGGUAAAUGUGCAACAAAAAGUUCCUUGGUUAUUUUGGCUCCACCGUCUUCUUGGAACUUUCACCUCCUAACAGCUCCUAAAAGAUCCACCGUUAGAGAUAGAGGAUGUCGAAGAUCAAACAAAACAAAACAAAAAAACCCAAAAUACCACCAGUGGGGGUAGUUGGUAAACAAACCUCCCCCUCGUUUCUAAAGAGGAGUGGUGAUGAAAAAGCGAGAUAGACCCUGGAAAUGUGAGGGGCUAAAACACAAGGAGAGUCCCUGGCUACUUUGUUCUGGCCUUCCCUCGAGCUGAGGUUUGGAACAGGAGUACUGGGACAGCCUGGGAAACAAACUCACAGGGAUACGCUCUCCUCUCCUCUUAGUAGCUGCAAUCCCCCGCCUGUCAACUUCUAUUUCGCAAAGCACAGGGCUUGCCCUAGGACCAGGCUGGGUUAGCGAGCGCGUGCGUGCGUGCGUGUGUGUGUUGUGUGUGUGUGUGUG